UUCCCUUCUUCCCUAACCACGUCCAUCCCUACCUUUCCCUCCCUUCCUUCUCCUCAUACCACCAGACAAUCCUCUUUUUCUUAUUGCAUGGACGAAGAUUCCCCACCCAUCCCUGUAUCUGACCCAGUUCCCGCUCAUCAUGCCAGCCCAGUGGUAGCAUUCAUCAUCGGUCUCGCGAUUGUCCUGCUGGCUUCCGUCCUGAACGCGGCCGGGUUGAAUCUGACAAAGUUGGACCACGUCCGAACGCAGGCGAUACCCAAAGCAUCACGAAGACAAGAUUGGUUGAGACCGCUAUGGCUUCUUGGCAUGUUCCUAUACAUAUUGUCGCAAUUAAUUGGCAGCACUCUUGCCUUGGAAUACAUGCGAGCUGAAUACGUCGCUCCGCUUGGUUCCACUUCCCUUGUCUUCAAUUUUCUCUUCGCUCGGUUUCUCGUCGGUACUCCAGUCACGAGCACAGAUAUCUACGGCACCAUCGUCGUUGUCAUCGGUGUCAUUGGUAUCGUUGCAUUUGGAUCCAUCAAUAGUGGUCUUGCGACCGAGACCGACGUCGAACAUCUCACUCAGUUAUGGAGACGAGGAGGAUGGCUCGGUUUCUUCUUCCUAAUGUCCUUUGCUCUGAUUUUCCUUCUUUAUUUUACAUCAAAACUGGACGACUUAUUAGGCACCAGAGGAGACAUCGUCGGUGACAGUAACAAUACUAUCACCCAUGGAGGCCAAGGCUCAGGUUUUGUGUCUGCUGCUAGAAGCGUCUGGGCAUUUUUGCAGCGGCGUGUCACAGAUUGGCUUGAGCUAUGGACCGCUCCAAAAGACGACAAGACAAUUGCUUGGACUCUUGGUAUUGGUUGGGCAUGCUGCGGUGGUGGAUUGGCGGGAGGAACUUUGGUAUUUGCUAAAGCAACAGUGAAACUUCUCUCCGGGUCUUUGUCACACCAGAACCCGGGCAAUCAAUUCGGCCACGUCGCGCCCAUCUUCACCAUUGUCCUGCUAGUGAUCACUGCCGUCCUUCAGAUUGUCUGCUUGAACCGCGGACUGAAGGUUUAUGAUUCGACUUUGGUCGUUCCUGUGUUCUAUGGUGUAUACACUGCUACAGGGUUCCUUGAUUCCUUGAUAUUCAACAACGAGGUCGACUCAUAUCAGUCAUGGACCUUGUUCCUCAUCGUCGUCUCUAUCCUCAUCCUCAUCUCGGGCGUAGUGCUCCUGACACAUAAAAAGCCCGAGCCCGGUUCCAAGGCCUCGGUGCCCCCAUCCGCACCUGUCACUUCGUCCAGUCCGCGCGGCAGAAAAUGGAAGAGAGCCAACGCGAGCAAGGCCGAUCUUGCCGGGGACGCCGACGACCAUCUUCAGAACGACGAUGAAGAGCAGGUUUUAUGGACGGUAGGAGAUGUCAGUGAUGCCGAAGAAAUGGAAGAUGAGGACAUCGACCAUCAUCAGCACCCCUUGAAUCUCCAGCGUAAUACGAGCGACGCGCCACGAAUAGUGAAGGCGGAUAUCCCUGGGGAAGAGGGGGUGAGAUUGAUGAAAGACUCAGAAGAUACUGAUAGAGACUCCGAUGAGGAGGGUGAUGCCGACACUCAACGACAUCUCGUUGAUACUCCUCCUCAAAAUUCGCAUAACGAAGACCCGUUCAAGGACGAGUCCGAAGAGUUUGGGGCAUGGACGUCUGUAGGCAAUACGCGAUAGUUUCUUUUUACCAGUGGUCAACACAACGAUUAUAGUUUUUAGAUUCAAUACUGUACUAUAUCACUUUCCUCAUAUCUACUCGAUUCCUUCGCAAUAUUCGCUUAAUGUUCUAUGUACAGCCUAGUCACUGUCUAAGCCCCAACGUACCAAAAUGGAAAGCCUUUCUGCAUGCUACCACCAUGGCUCCCCGCGACAAUGAUUUUAUGGAUGCAGGCUCAGACUCUGAUAUAUCUUUAAGCGAUGGUGCCUACACCGUUUCCAAAGGGAAGGGGAAAGGAAAAGCAACGGACAAACGAAAACGAGAUGACAAAGGAAAAGGGAAAGCAAAG